CCGGGGGCAAUUUCGGGGACAUAAAAAAGUGGGAAGCUCGAAAGAAGCAAUUUUGAUACUCUCCCAGGUUCAUUUUGGGGAUUUAAUACAAACUCUGAAUCAUUUGUUAAUCGAAAUUGCAAUUCAACUUCGCGUUUUCCUUGAUUAUCGGCGAGAGGGAAACCCCUUGUUUUUUUUUUAUUUUUAUAAUUUAUAUAUCUGUGUUUUGAAUUUGGAGUUUCGUCGGGAAUCGUGUUGGGUCGUGGUGGUGUUCAAUCGUGUUUUUUUUUCUGGGCUUUAGCGCCCUGUGGCCACUGAAAUCGAUGAUAGUCAGUAUUCGAUGGACCCGUCGUCAGUUCAGAAGCCUCCUCCAGUCGAAGAAGAUGAGUGGGACACUGAUGGGUUCGUGAUUCCCAGCUUGGGAAUAGAGGAGACAGAUCAAACUAAAGUUGGCUCUCCAGAAGUAGAAAUUUAUGAACCUCCUCCAAAGGCUAAGGAAGAGACGACGAUCUAUCUUGGCCCACAUGGUGCACCACCAUCACAGUCGAAACAAGAUUUGAAUCUCACCAAUCGUAAGCAGCGGUUAAAGCAGAAACUGAAGGAAGCAGAUCGUAGGACCACGACGGGCCGGGAGAAUAAGUUGGAGAAUUUGAGAGAGCUUGUAGGUGGUGGAAAAUCGAGCACCAACAUGGCAAAAGGAUCUUCGAGGGACUGGCUUGACCCACAUUGCCAUGAGGCUCAGUUUGAGAAGUAAUGUCCACAGAGAUCAAAGUAAUUUAUAAGACAACUUAAGAAAAUUAGCAUAGUUUUUUUCACGAGUCUAUAACUGUCGUUUCGAGACUAAUAUUGCCUUUUCUCUGUAUUUUUGAAACUUAAUGAACGGAAUUUAUAACUAUAAUAAAUUUUGUACUGGAACUAUUUUGUUGACUAA